ACUCAACCCCGCCACCACGGAACGAGGACAAGGUCACGGACGAGUACUACACGCCCACGCCUGCCACCACUUCUCACGAGCCAUCCGCUGAAGGAUGGGCGUGGGCUGGGUCCAGUUUCAGGCCCACUUGUGGAAGAACCUACGACUUAUGUCAAAGUCAUGGAAGGCUGCUGUGGCGACGACGGUGCUGGUGCCGCUGGUGUGUGUCCUGGUGGUGGCCGUGGCUCAGUCGAUUGGGUCGUCGUCAGAGGGAGCGGCGCCAUCGGGAAGUCGCGACGCGUUUGAUCUUGGCCCCAUCCCGCUCUGUACUCCGCAGCCAAGCUGCCUCUCACUGGCGUAUACGCCUGGUAAGCAUCCUGUCUUUGUUGCACUCGCCGAAGAGAUUGCUCGGGCGAGCGCGCUGCCGGCGAGCACUGUCCGCGCCUUUGAGACACGCGGCGAGAUGGAGAGCUUUGUGCUCGGAAAUCCCAACACUACUUCGCUGGCCAUCGAGUUUGUGCCCGAGGCCCUCCCAGAUCUACAGUAUGUGGUGUGGUACAACGCGUCGCUGGAGAGCGAGGCUGCUGGGUGCUUUGCAGCAAGCGGACUGGUCGAUGUGCGGUGCGCAGGUACGGUGCCGCGGAUGCGGGUCCAGGCCAUGGCAGCGGUCAUGGCAGCAGCGCUCAAUGUAAGCGCAGCAAGCGCCAACAUGCUCGGGAGGCCGAUGUCUGCGGAUGGGCGGCUCGCGCUGGAGCUGAGCGUGCGGCCGCUGACGGUCCCGCCCAGCCGCGACGAGACUGCGGCGUCGGUCUUUCUAGCCCUCAUGUGCGGCAUUUACCUGGCCGGGGCGCUUGUGGCCUCGGUGGUCUUGGUCGUGCUUGUCGGUGAAAAGGCGAGCGGAUCGCGAGCGAUGAUGUACAUCCACGGCCUGCACAACUGGGUCUACUGGCUCACCUGGGGGCUGGUGUUCGAAGCCGGCGCCGUGACCGCGGCUGGCGUGGUGGCUGGAACCGGCCAGCUUGCCGGCUUUCGGCUCUUUACCUGCUCCGGCCCGGGCCUCAUGUUUGUGGUUGCGGCCGAGUUUUCACCGUCAUGGUCGCGCUCGGCGCGGCGCUCUCGGUCCUGGUCAGCUCGGUGGCGGUGGCAGUCGGCCUCGCGGUGGCGCUCUCCAUUUCGGGCCUUGUUCUUGUCCAGCUCCUCUGCUCAAUUGACCUGUACAUGCUGUGGGCCGGCUCGGGCUCGCCCGCGCUCUGGGCUCUGCUCUUCUUUCCGCCGUUCCAGCUGGUCAAGAUCGGGACCGACAUCAACUCUGGCUGCUCUGCGCAGUAUGCGACCGAUCGCGACGCGACGCCGAGCUUUGCGUGGCGCGACGUCUCGCAGGCACCGCAGUACGGACCGUCGGUCGGUCUCAAUGUGUGGGCGCCGUCGCUCUCGUUGGGAGUCCUGGCGGCAAUGGCGGUUGGCCUCUGUCUCUUCACCUGGUUUGUCGACUCGUGGAUCCGACUCCGCGAUGCUCUCUUCUGCUGCCGACCGUCGUACUACCUCCCGCCGCCGCCCGAGACCGUGCCAGAGGCCAAGGUGCUCGGCAUGUACGCCGCCACCUCGCCGGCCAAGUCGUCGUCGCCGCGCCCAAGCUCGGGCGACGCCACGUCGGGCGGCGAGGGCACCGGGCCGGAUCCGGACCUCGAAGCCGAGGUCUCAUCGCUGCUGGUCCUCGACCAUGGCGGAAUGGGGCCGGCCACCGGCGAGCCUGUUCUCCCAUUCAAAGUCUACAAGAUGUGCAAGAGCUACGGGCCAAAGGCAGCGCUGCGCGACGUUUCGUUUGGCGUCGAGGAGGGCACCAUGCUCUGCAUGCUCGGCAAGAACGGCGCCGGCAAAACUACGCUUCUCAACGUGCUGACCGGCAUGGCGACGCCGUCGUCGGGUGAUGCCGAGGUAUAUGGCCACGCGCUCUCGCGAAACACCCACCACAUCCGUGCGCUCCUCGGAUUCUGUCCGCAAACCGACUCGCUCUGGCCGCAACUGAGCUCGCGCGAGGUUGUCGCCCUCUUUGGCGCCAUCAAGGGGGGGACCGGCGCACAGCUUGAGCGCGACGUGGCGUCGAUCCUCGAUCAGCUGCGGCUGACCGGUGAGGCCGACAAGCCGCUUGUCACCCUCUCUGGUGGAACGCGGCGCAAGGCCUCGCUCGCAGUCGCGCUCGUCGGCUCGCCGCGUGUGGUGGUCCUCGACGAGCCGACCGUCGGCCUCGACGCCAUGUCGCGCCGCGCGGUGUGGGCCCUGCUCCAGAAGCAUAAGGCGGGCCGGGUCAUGGUCCUUGCCACACACUCCAUGGAGGAGGCCGACAUGCUCGGCGAUAAGAUCGGCAUCCUCGUCGACGGCGGCCUCACCUGCAUCGGUUCUUCGGCCCACCUCAAGGCCAAGUACUCGGCUGGCUACAAUCUGGUCCUAGAAGCCUGCGACGGGUCGACCGCGACCCUUGGCGCUAUUGUGACCCAUGUGACGACCCAGCUACCUGCUGCCCGACUGGCCUCGGCCGACGGCACCGAGCUCAUCUUUGCCCUCCCGCGCAACGUGGCGCCUGCCGAACUUGCGCAGCUGUUCGACACUCUCGAGGGCGUAGACGACAACCUUGUUGUCGAUUGGUCCGUCCAGCACACGUCGUUGGAGGACGUGUUUGUCCAUCUCACCAAUACCACUCCGUAAGCUCGACACGAGACUGCGAUAUCGUAAAUCCCGUCGAGAGCCUCA